GCACUAGCACUGAUAAGAUUUUAAUUUGCAUUCACAUAUAGUGCUUGACAUGUGAGAAAUGGUAUUACUCAAAAAAUCACAGGCACAGUAGCUUUGUGCGUCUAUGAUUGAUGAUGCAACAAGUAAACAAGUUGAACAAGCAAGUCCCGGCCAUGUAAAACUUUUUCCAGUGGAUCAUCUAGUUCUCCAGCGUAUUACGUGUUUGGCUGUACGCCCCUGACCAAUUCAACACGCAAACCUUGGGAAUAUCUAUUACCCAUGCCUCCUUGGAUUUUUCUUUUCUUCCCCUCUGCCACAGGGCCACAGGGGCCAUGGCCAUGGUACAAGCCAAAAUGCAACCCAACAAGUAGGCCAAUGCAAGGAAUCCAAAACAAGAUGACAUCCCUGAGUUCUUCCUGGACUCUCCACCUCCUGCAUCUCUUCCUGCUCCUACCAGUCGGCAACACCAUCACAUUCAGCAUCAGCAACAGAUGCUCCGACACCAUAUGGCCAGCCGCUGUGCCGGGCGGUGGCGUGAAACUCGACCCUGGAGAGUCCUGGACCCUCAACAUGCCGGCCGGCACUGGACCCGGGCGUGUGUGGCCGCGCACGGGCUGCUCAUUUGACAGCACCGGUAAGGGGUCAUGCCAGACAGGAGACUGCGGCGGCGUGCUGGCCUGCACAAGCAGCGGUCAGCCACCCGUCACGCUUGCUGAGUUCACCAUCGGAGGAGGGACGGAUUUCUUUGACAUCUCCCUCGUCGAUGGCUUCAACGUGCCCAUGGACUUCAUGCCGAUCCCAGCAAACGGACAGGGAGGGCAAGCAUGCAGCAGGGGGCCUCGCUGUGCAGCAAAUAUCACAUCGCAGUGCCCAGAGAAGCUGAAGGUGCCUGGGGGCUGCAACAGCGCGUGUAGAGUGUUCAAUCAAGACAAGUACUGCUGCACCGGGAAUGUCAGCAGCACCUGCGAGCCCACCACCUACUCAGUGUUCUUCGUGCGUGGGUGCCCCGACGCCUACAGUUACUCCAGGGAUGAUAGCUCGAGCACUAUCUUCAGUUGCCCAUCGGGCACCAACUAUCAGGAGAUGCAUGAAGGGGAUGAAGAGUUCGGAGACCUACCAGGAAUGCCAACGAGGUUCACAUUUCAGCAGCUACAAGAAGCAACUGACCAAUUCAGACACAAGAUUGGGGAAGGAGGAUUUGGGUCUGUUUUUGAGGGGCAAUACGGUGAAGAAAGAAUUGCGGUUAAACGUUUGGAUCGAGCUGGUCAGGGUAAGAGAGAAUUUUUAGCAGAGGUUCAGACAAUUGGCAGCAUCCAUCACAUUCAUCUAGUGAGGCUGAUUGGUUUCUGUGCAGAGAAAUCACAUAGGCUUUUGGUGUAUGAGUAUAUGCCCAAAGGGUCCUUGGAUAGGUGGAUCUAUUACUCAUAUGACAAUGAUGCUCCCUUGCUGGACUGGCAAACUAGAUGCAAGGUUAUUUCUCACAUUGCUAAGGGUCUAUGCUAUCUACAUGAGGAGUGCAUGAAGAAGAUUGCUCACUUGGACGUCAAACCACAAAACAUCCUCUUAGAUGAAAACUUCAAUGCUAAAAUUUCUGAUUUCGGAUUAAGUAAGCUCAUUGAUCGGGAUAAGAGCCAAGUGAUUACAAGAAUGAGAGGCACACCUGGAUAUUUAGCUCCUGAGUGGUUGACAUCCCAAAUCACAGAAAAAGCCGAUGUAUAUAGCUUUGGCGUUGUGGUCAUGGAAAUCAUUAGUGGCAGAAAGAAUCUUGACACUUCACGGUCUGAAGAAAGCAUCCAUCUUAUUACCUUACUGGAAGAAAAGGUGAAGAGUGAUGAGUUAGCAGAUUUGAUUGACAAGUACAAUAGUGACAUGCAAGCACACAAGCAAGAAGUAUUAGAAAUGAUGAGGCUUGCAAUGUGGUGUUUACAAAUUGAUGCUAAAAGAAGGCCUCAAAUGUCUGAGGUGAUCAAAGUCUUGGAAGGUCACAUGAAGGCAGAAAGCAAAAUUGAUCAUAACUUUGUGGCAACAAGUCAAACAAUGUUUGGUAUUGUUGAAAAUACAGGUUCCUCAGAUCCACCUCAAGCCUCACAUUUAUCAGCCCCCAGGUGAAAUGGGGUAACUGUGAGAAGUUUGUAGCCUAGGUUAGACACAGAUAUGUGUAUCUAGGAAAAGCCAUUAUCAGUUUUAUAUUUUUUCCAAGUUACUAUAAUUCUUUUGUUUGGUUUUCCAUUGUAACACAAAUCUGUUCUAGCAGCUUUCUUUUUCUGAAAGCUAUAAUCAAAAUGCUAAUAUGAACAGGCUCAAAGCAAAUUGGGAGUUGGGUUUUUUUUUAUCUCCAAAAUGCUGAAGUGGAAAGAGAGAGAAAAAACAAAGCAGUACUAGUGUUUACAGCCAUGGAUUUUCUACUGAAACUAAGUUUCCUGUCCUA